AUGGGAGGCAAGCUGGGCGGAACUUUCGAGAAGGGUGACUCGGCCAAGAAGAAGCCGCUCCGCAUCCUGGUCACAGGAGGCAAAAUGUCAAAGGCGUCCGCCGUGGCACGCGCCGUGGGCCGUGAAGGUCACACCGUCUUCACGGCAGAGAUCAUGCCCUACCAGUUCUGCCACACGCGGUUCUGCACUUAUGUGACAAAGCACUACGUGCUGCCUCGGCCGACGCAGCAGCCGAAGGAGUGGGAAGCCACCAUCCACAAGAUUGUGAUGGAACAAAACAUUGACCUGAUCAUUCCAUGCACAGCUCCAGUGGAGAGCACUGCCUAUGCGCAUCUGAAGGAAAGGCUGCCACCAAACGUCCGUGUGUUCGCCUUUGACGGCCUGACCAGUGAUGAGCUUGACAACAAGUUCACCUUCAACCAGGUGCUGGUGAAGGCGGGCCUUCCCUGCCCGGAGACAGCCCACAUGACCUGCAUUGACGAUGCUGUGAAGUUCUUUGAUGGCCUGGAGUCCUCUCCGGAGGACAACCGACCAUCCGAGAAGGACUUGAACGAAGAAACUGCGGAGGGGAAGGAGUCCAAGCACAGGGGCAAGAAGUUCAUCGUGAAGCCUGCGGUCUAUGACCCCAAGGCGCGGACGGAGAUCCUGUUCUUGCCUAUCGAGGAUAAGGAGAGGCAGCUGCAGUACCUCAACUCCAGGAACGCAACCAAGGAAGUUCCCUACGUCAUACAGGAGGUGCUGCAGGAGCCUGAGUAUGGAUGCUACGCCUUCUACAACAAGGGCCACCUCACGGGCUUUGAGCUCUUUGAGUCGGCAGCCUCAUGCCUCGUGUACAGCCAGCUCCAGAAGCAGUACGAGGAGGUCAUGAAGCUUUGCCAAGGCUUGGGGAAGAGCAUGAACCUCACUGGGCAACUCACUCUGGAUUUGAUGCAUACCUCUGAUGGCAAGCUAGUGCCAAUUGAGUGCAAUCCUCGAAUCCACAGCGCCGUGUGCACGCUCGAGGGGCACAGGAACUUGGCGUCUGCCUUUGCAGAUCCAGACUUCGUUCCAAUGAACGACGCGGAGAUUGUUAAGUCGAAGCCUGACACUUUCCGAUUCUGGAUCAUGGACCAGAUCUUCCUCAUGGCAGGCUUUUGGAAGCCCAAGAACUGCUUCAAGCUAAGCGUGCCGCAGAUGCUUCGGGGCGGAGAUGCCCUGUUGAGCGGGGACGAUCCUAUGCCUUUCCUGGCAAUGUACCUGAUCCAGAUCCCAUCCCUGCUGCUGCUCGAGCUGCUGUCGGGAACGGAGUGGUUGAAGAUCGAUUUUUGCAUUGGCAAGAUCGUGAAGGAGGGCGGCGAUUGA